AAUGAAUGGUGGAACUACUACCUCACCCAGCAGUGCCCUGAGUUAGUGAAGAGAUAUUUGGACCUUGGGAAGAGCUCUCUGCUGAGAACAGAGCUUCCCUCAGUGUCUCUCCUCCAGAAGACUCCCUCCUCUCCAGUCAGCUGCCACGCUACAGGUUUCUACCCUUACAGAGCCAUGAUGUUCUGGAGGAAAGAUGGAGAGGAGCUUUAUGAGGACGUGGAACAUGGAGAGAUCCUCCCCAACCAUGAUGGAUCCUUCCAGAUGAGUGUUGACCUGAACCUUUCAUCAGUCACACCUGAAGACUGGAGGAGGUACGAAUGUGUGUUUCAUCUCUCUGGUGCAAAGAACGACAUCGUCACCAAACUGGACAAAAAAGUGAUCAGAACCAACUGGGUUUCUCCCUCAGAGUUCCCUGCUGGUCCUGUUAUUGGAGGUGUUGUAGGACUGCUGCUGCUCCUGGCAGUCUGCAUCACUGGAGUCUUCAUCUGGAGGAGGAGAGAUAAUGGAUUCAGGCCUGCAAACUCUUCAGACUCGUCAUCCUCUGAUCCAUCUUCAGUCAGAGAUGCAGCUCUUAACUGAUCACAGAGUAACAACAUCUGGAGAGGACUGAUGCUGCUGUCCAGCUGUUUCCUCAAACCUUUGGUGGAGAUGAAUCACUGCAGCAGCUACCAGACACCAAAGAGCCACAACGUUACUCCAGUGGGGCAUCUUUUGUCUUCAGAUAUC